AUGGGCAGCUUGAAGGGUAAAGUCAUUGCCAUCACUGGUGCGGCGUCGGGUAUCGGAAACGCUACGGCGAGACACAUCGCCUCUCUUGGCGCGCGUGUGUCGAUAUCGGAUGUCAACGAGGAGCUUCUCUCCUCCGUUACGACGGAGCUCACGGGCCUCUACGGUGCGGAGAACGUUUAUUCCAAGAUUGUAGAUGUGCGGGACCGAAAGGCGGUGGAUGCGUGGAUCGCCGAGACGGUCGAGAAGCUCGGGCCGCUCGACGGCGCGGCCAACGUCGCCGGUGUCCUCGGACGGCAGGGCAACAAGGCCAACGUCACCGAGAUCGAGGAUGACGAAUGGGACUUUGUGAUGGGCGUCAACGCGAGGGGUGUCCUGAACGCGAUGAGGGCCGAGAUCCUUUCGAUGGGAGACGGUGUUAGGGGAAAGAGUAUCGUCAACGUUGCGUCGGUCGCCGGGCAUUAUGGUUUGGAAUUCCACGGGGCCUAUACCGCGAGUAAGCAUGCCGUUGUGGGCUUGACUAAGAGCGCGGCGAGGGAGUUUGGGCGGAAGGGAUUGAGGGUCAACGCCAUUUGCCCUGGUGCGAUUGACACGCCAAUCCUAAGAAAGGCAAUGGAGACUGCGGGAACUGGAGCGGAUGUCUUCCCGGCGCUCUUGGGGAGGAUUGGAGAGCCCAUGGAGAUUGCCACGGCGAUCACGUUUCUGCUUGGAGAUGAAGCGUCGUACGUGACGGGUCAAGCUUGGUUAGUCGACGGAGGGUCGUUGCCAUAG